UCCUCCCGCUUGGCUCAACAAUGUAAUUCAGACUGGGGCAAGGGGGCCUGCAUGGAGCCAGGCUGUGAGGGGCUCACGGCAUCCCUCACACAAUAGGAGAGAGCAGAGCAGAUGUGUCCUUGCAUUUACAUGCUCUUCCUUGUGCUUCCUUGGGUUGGAAGGGGGCAUCCCAUCUUUGCUGCCUUAUGGGGAAGGCACUGCUCCGUGGUUGGGACUGGCAAUGCUUGGGCUGUGCUGGGAGCCUGGAAGGGCUGGCACUGGAGGAGAAAUUUAGCUCCAAACUCUCAGUGUAGUUAAUGGGCCCAAGGGCUACAAGCUGCCCCUUUGCAUGCUGCCACCUUGUACACAUGCAUGGCAGGGUGCCAAGAGGACAGAACUGUCUGUGGCACUGAGCCCAUCUUUGUCCCAGUCCAGCAUGUCUCCGUGCGUCUCCAGUUCUGGUGCUGCCCCAGCUUCCCUGAGACAUGCCCAUCUCCCUCAUCUGCUGUGGCACAGGGGCUGCAGAGCUGGUGAGCACCUGGAGCUGGGGCCCUGUGAAGUGGCUGUGCCAGGCUGGGUGCUGCUGGAAAGCAGGAGAGUGCUGGCAGAUGGGGGACUGGGGUUGUUGCCCCUGGUUCCCUGAGGGCCAUGGGGUGCAGGGGCUGAGAGCACACUGUGGAGGGUGGAUGUGGGGCACUCCUGGAGCUCUAGCCAGCAUCAGAGCACUGAUUCUGAAGGGCACAAGAGGAACACAGGGCUGCCCCCCAUUUUUGGGUGCAGGCACUCCAAGUCCUGGGCCACUGGGUCAGUGCUCUGUGGGUUGGAUGUGGGGGGAUACAGGCACUGCAGCAAGUCCUUGCAGUCUGAGCCUUGCAAGAAGGACUAGUGUUGGGAAAGCACAGCCCCAGCCCUGGGCACUACUGGAAGGCAUUUGGGAUGGCACCCCAGCUACUCCAUGUCUCCAGCAACAUGUGAGGUCUCCAAGGGUGGAGAGACAAUCCCUGUGUGCCCUGGGGACAGUCAAAUAGCCAUGACUAGGGUGUCUCACAAGAGCAGAGCCACAGCCUGGGCAGUGCUGUUCUGCCCUGCUGAGCCACACGGAGCAGGGGGUGGCUGCUGUCUGGCCUGAGAGCCCACAGGGGUCUGGCAGCUGGGCUUGGCGGCUGCCUGCAUGCUGACAGCACCGGCUAUUCCCAGCCCUGUGUGACCUGUGCCUGUGCUGAGUCAGGGACCCAGGGCACAGCUGCCACCCCUGCACCCUGGCACAGAGCCCUUUGCUCCCAGGGACCCCGGGUCUCCUACUGCACCCAAACCCCAGCCCACCAGCUGCGGCAUCCGCUCCUCCAGGGCCCAGCUCCAGCACCUGGGUGACAGGCAUUUCCAGUGAUUUGUCAGCAUAAUUAAAGUCUCAACAGCCUAAUCAAAGUCUCAUUGUCCAGUAGUAUUUAUAGACAUACUCACUGCCAUGUGCUCCUGUACAGCUGCCGGUGCAGUCACUGCCUGGGGUGCUGGUAUUCCCUGGGCAGAAUAAGCUGUAGGAGCUGAGGGUCAUUGAUCUGUGUUCUCUUCCUUGCUAUCACAGCUGUGCUUUUCCUUUACUUUCAAAUUUACUGAUUGGGGUUGUUUCCUAGGUGGUGGGGGUGUCCUUGGGCACUGCCAGAGCAGAUUUUCCUGGUUUCAGCUUCUUACCUGGGAGCAGCAGCCUGGGAGCAGCAGGGCUCCAGUACCCGCUGGGCUGUGGGGUGUCAGUGCUGGCAAGUUUUUCUGUUUUCCACCAACACCUUUUGAGCUCCGGCUUCCCGGUAACACAGAUUAAUAUUUCAUGAGUGUGGCGGUGUGAACUCGACACUUAAGGAAUGCAAUGACCCAGCAGGAGACAGACACAGCAGCUGCCGGCGUGGAGAAGGCAGAGCCAUGUCAUCGCUGCUGUGCAAUGCCCGCAUCCAGCUCACAGACACGCUGGAGCAGAUGCAGCAGGGGACCCUGAUGCGCAAAGUCAAGUCCAAGAGCUGGAAGAAGCAGCGUUACUUCAAGCUGCAGGAAGACUGCAUGACCAUCUGGUACCAGUCCAAGAGGACAGGCAAAACUGAGUCUGCCUUCUCCAUCAGCGAUGUGGAGACGGUGCGGGAAGGGCACCAGUCGGAGGUGCUGCAGAGCGUGGCUGAGGAGUUCCCCCCCGAGCGCUGCUUCACCAUCGUCUUCUACGGCCGUCGCGGCAACCUGGACCUCGUGGCUGGCUCGGCAGAGGAGGCACAGUGCUGGAUACAGGGCCUGCGUCAGCUCAUUGAGGUGGCCACCACAAUGGACCAAAGGGAGAAAAUAGACCAAUGGAUUCGUGACUGGUUCCAGAAAGCUGACAAGAAUAAGGAUGGGCGCAUGAACUUCAAGGAGGUGCAGCGUCUCCUGAAGAUGAUGAAUGUGGACAUGAACGAGGAUCAUGCCCUGAGGCUCUUCCAGGAUGCUGACAAGUCAGAGUCAGGAACGCUGGAAGGGGAGGAAUUUGUGCUCUUCUACAAGGCUCUCACGCAGCGUGAGGAGGUGCAGAGCCUCUUCCAGGAGUACUCUGAGGAUGGAAAGAAGCUGACACUGCUGGAGCUGACAGAUUUCCUGCGGGAGGAGCAGCUGGAGGAUGAGGGCACAGAGGAGCUGGCCAUGGAGCUCAUUGACAAGUAUGAGCCAUCGGAGACAGCCCGGGCCCGCCAUGUGCUGAGUGCUGAUGGGUUCCUCAUGUACCUCUGCUCCCUGGAGGGCUCCAUCUUCAACCCCCAGCACCGGGGGCUGUGGCAGGACAUGAGCCAGCCACUCUGCCACUACUUCAUCUCCUCCUCCCACAACACCUACCUGAUAGAGGAUCAGCUCCGGGGCCACAGCAGCAUCGAGGGCUACAUCAGGGCUCUGAAACGAGGCUGCCGGUGCCUGGAGGUGGAUUGCUGGGACGGGCCAAACGGGGAGCCCAUGGUGUACCACGGCCACACCUUCACCUCCAAGAUCCCCUUCCGGGAGGUGGUGAGCACCCUGGGGAAGUAUGCCUUCAAGACCUCGGACUACCCAGUGAUCCUGUCCCUAGAGAACCACUGCAGCAUGGAGCAACAGGAGGUCCUGGUCCAGCAGCUCAAGGACAUCCUGGGGGAACAGCUCCUCACCACUACCAUCGAUGGGCAUGUCCCCUCCCAGCUCCCAUCCCCAGAGGAGCUGAAGCACAAGAUCUUGCUGAAGGGCAAGAAGAUUGGGCGGCUGGAGGACACCCUGGACGGGCCAGGGGAUGAGGCUCCCGAUGCGUCUGACGAUGACAAUGGGGCAGAGGCAGAGGAGGAGAGGCGGAGGGCAAAGAAGGACAAGGAGACCUUGGCACAAGCAUUGUCUGACUGUGUCAUCUACUGCAAGAGUGUGCCCUUCCGGGGCUUCCAGGAGGCCCGCAGCCAUUCCCGGCCCUCGGAGAUCUCCUCCCUCUCUGAAGCCAAGGCCAGGAAGCUCAUCCGGGAUGAAGGAAAUGAGUUUGUUCGCCACAAUGCCUGGCAGCUGACACGCAUCUACCCCAGUGGGAUGAGGGCUGACUCCUCCAACUACAGCCCCCAGGAGAUGUGGAAUGUGGGGUGCCAGAUCGUGGCCUUGAACUUCCAGACAGCUGGCAUGGAGAUGGACCUGUGUGACGGGCUCUUCAGCCAGAAUGGCUCCUGUGGCUAUGUGCUCAAACCACCCUUCAUGAGGGACAAGGAGACUCUCUUCAACCCCAGUGACCCCAGCAGCCGGGAAGGCCCCGGCCCCAUCACCCUGACAAUCCAGGUAAUCAGUGGGCAGCAGCUGCCCAAAGUGGCCAACAGCAAGGAGGGAGCCAUCAUUGACCCACUGGUGCGUGUGGAGAUCUACGGGGUCCCCGCGGACCAGGCGCACCAGGAGACCAAGUACAUUGAGAACAAUGGCUUUAACCCCCGCUGGGAUGAGACACUGCAGUUUCAGCUCCACGUGCCUGAGCUGGCCCUCAUUCGCUUUGUGGUGGAGGAUUAUGACAAGACUUCCAGGAAUGAUUUUGUGGGUCAGUUCACCCUAGCAUUUGCCAACAUCAAACCUGGAUAUCGGCACAUCCAUCUCCUCUCAAAGGAUGGCACCAGCAUCCCACCCUCUUCGCUCUUUGUCCACAUCCGCAUCACUGAGCCACCUGGCCCUGAGCAGGACUGAGCUCAUGGGAUAAGCAGCACCCAGAUGGAAGCCAUAGAGCCAGCUCCAAGCAGCUGGGGCCACAGAGCCAACCAACUUGCCCUCUUGUUGACCUGUCUCUGCCAUCCCUGUGUCAUUGUUGCUGCUGUGAUUCCCUUUGCAGUAGCCUCCGAGGGCUGAGAAAAAGCACUGACCUCCCCUUUCCAGGUUCAGGAUGCACGACUGUGGGGUCUAUGCCAGUGCAGCUCCCUGCACCCUCCACAGGCACCCUGCCCUGGCCCACGGUCAGAGCUUGACUGUGGGGAGGAGGAGAGAUGGUGUGUGGCCCAGCUCUGAUGCAGGGGCUGGUCCCCUCCCAGUCAGGGGAGCAAGGCUGGAGCUGAGCAAACCCCAGAGCUGGGCACAGCUGGGAACGGAGUUGGUCCUCACUGCCCCCUAACCCUGCAGAGCCCGUUGGCCCCUACAGCCCCAAAUUAACCCUUAUCCCAUCCUUUCUCUGUAAGCAACUUAAUAAAUUGUUCAGUGACAAACA